UCGAUUCAAAGGGCGUUAACUCACGCUCCCUCGUGAUUAUAAAUCGACUCCCGAUUAUAUCGAUUUAGUUAUCGUCUGUAUUGCUUUAAGGAAUCGAUCCAGACUUUUCCCAAAUCGCAACUUACUUCCAGUCUCCCAGUUCUCAAGCAGAUACCUCCACUCAGUCAUGGCUCCUCCCGUAUAUGCUGACCUUGGUAAAUCAUCCCGCGACGUAUUUGGCAAAGGCUAUCAUUUCAGCCUGCUGAAGCUUGAAUGCAAAACUAAGACCUCAAAUGGGGUUGAAUUCACCACGGGUGGUUCAUCAAACAUUGAUAGUGGCAAAGUGGUCGGAAACUUGGAGACCAAAUACAAGAUUGGAGAAUAUGGCUUGACCUUCACUGAGAAGUGGAACACUGACAAUACCCUUGGAACUGAGAUUGCCAUCCAAGACAAGAUCGCCCAGGGUCUGAAGCUUACUUUUGACUCUACCUUUGCUCCCCAAACUGGCAAGAAAACUGGAAUCGUCAAAGCCGAAUACAAACACGACACAGCCACUUUGAACGCUGAUGUUGACCUCAACGGUGGACCAACCAUCAAUGGUGCAGCAGUUUGCGGAUAUUUGGGCUGGUUAGCUGGUUACCAAAUGUCCUUCGACAUGUCAAAGUCUCAAUUGACGCGUAACAAUUUCUCCAUUGCUUAUGCCGCAAAAGAUUUUGCACUCCACACCAAUGUUAACGAUGGACAAGAAUUUGGAGGAGCCUUGUACCAAAAGGUCAAUCCAAAUCUUGAAACUGGUGUCCAACUUUCUUGGACCGCCGGUUCGAAUGCCACCCGAUUUGGCUUAGGCUGCAAGUACCAGUUAGAUAAUGACAGUGCAGUCCGCGCUAAGAUCAACAAUGUUUCUCAGCUUGGUCUGGGUUACCAACAGAAACUUCGCCAAGGUGUUACCCUUACCCUAUCGUCGUUGGUUGACUUGAAAAAUUUCAACCAGGGAGGACAUAAAAUCGGCAUGGCGUUGGAACUGGAAGCUUAAUUCAGAAAUCGUGUUUAGCUUUGCGUAUUGUGCAAGCUUUUCUCAUGUAACUUUAAUCAUUGGCAAACCCUAGAAAAAUAAAGAUCCGUUCCAGUAGUAUUCAGUAGGUGAUUAAUUUGCCUGUUCGACUGUGUCAGCUCUUUACGGUUGCGCCCAUCUGCCCAUUUUUACUUACUUGGUGUUAAAAGCUGGCCAAGUUGUUGAAGCAAUUAAACUGACUACCUAAUUCACCUGUGUUUCCUUGUUGGGUUUGACUAAACACCAUAUUUAGAAGCAAAGAGCAUCUUUUAAAUGUCGUUACCUGAAGAGAAUACACGAUAGUCACAUAGAU